AUCCCAACCAUUUCUACCACAUAUCAGUUGGGAUCAGGAAUACUAAACUGGAGAAAUCUGGACGACAAUGAAAAGCAGUAUUUGAUUCACGUUAACCAACCCGGAGAUACCAUUCCCAUUAUGGUUAAAGAUUUAACCGCUCAUCACAAUUACAAGACAGUGAUUGUCUAUUACGACGAGUCAUUUCAACUGGAUCACAAGCAGAAGUCAUUACUGGUGAACACGAAGGCGCGGCAUAUUAUAAGACAAUUGGAGGGCAAAACUGUGGAACAAUAUGUUAAACUGUUUGCAGACAUCAAGAAAGCAAAGAUGCUGAACUAUGUCAUUUUUGGGACAAUUGAAACACUCAACAAUGUUAUCGAUGCGGUUAGAAAUGGUUGA